GUUCAGUUCAAGCAAAUAAAUGCCAACGAACAUUUUAUUUUGGCAUGGAAACCGAAGUUGUUAAUAUUCACUCCAUUGAUGUUGCUGAAGAAAAACUGCCAAGUGACGAAGUUUCCAACUAUGACACUGAUUAUAGGGAAAGCUCGUGUCUGGAAGAGAGUUUAAAUGACAAUGGGCUUCUUGUGCGUAUUCGGCCUACCUUGCCACGCCGGCAGAUGGAUACACCUUCGUUUAGUCCAACUUUAGCCUGGCGAUCCUUGAUUGAGCAGCAAGAGCACAUAGAAAAGUCAAAGAAAUUAAAUACUCUUAAUAGUUGGAAGACGACAACCAGUGAGAUGCCUAUAAAGUAUACUCGAACUUCACAAAUGAAACAGCUUGCCAAGCCGAACAAGAUUCUUAACAAUUGGACACCCGAACAAGAUCUUGCCAAUGAGAAGGAUGAUAAAAUUAAAGGCCUUAUUACGGGUGACGACUCAAGUUCGGAAGAAUAUCGUUCUAAGUGUGAAGGCGAUAGCUUGCUGUUCUAUGGUGGCAAAGCGAAAAAUGUAGGAAGUUUCAUCCACACUUUUAGCCUAUCGCUUCCAAGAGAUACUCAUACACAGCAUUCCCGAAGCAUUGGCAAUCUAGGAGAAAAAGUCAUCUGUAUAUGCGCAAUUCUCUAG